GGCCUGCAUGCGGGCGUCCGUGGCGCAGGCGGGGGUGCUGCAGGUUGCAGCAAUCGAGACCCUCGACCUCGCUGCUUCCACAGCUUCCACGCCUUCCAGGCUCUGUUGCGCCUUCUGGGACAGCAAAACGCCUGAUGAUACAGCUGCCCUAGGCCGCCCUGGGCAAAGCAAACACGGCCGUGGUGCCCCGGACUGCACACGAACACAUCCAGUAACUACAUCGCCGUCUCCCCGGCCACAACUGCCAGCAAACAUCCUGUCUGAGCGUUCUCCCACGAGUCCCCGGCCGAGAGGCGUCGUCCCCUCCUCCGAAGCAAGCGCCCGGCCCGGUCCUCCUCCACACCACUUGCAUCAUCCUCAUUUCCCAUGCAGGCCGGCUUCAACACCGCGCCCGCACUACUUUAGCACAUCCAGGACAAACGUCAGCGCCGGUGACCAUGCUUCCUCUGCUGCGUGACACCUUGCCAAGCUGCCGCUCUCUGGUAGCGUUGCUCCAGUGCUGCUAGCUCCCUCCCUCCUGCGCCCACUCGAACCAUCGGUUGACUCGUGGCCGACACAUGGCCCAUGG